AUGAAGGAGAAAUCCAAAACCGCCGCCAGGACCAGACGGGAAAAGGAGAACAGCGAGUUUUACGAGCUGGCCAAGAUGCUGCCGUUGCCGUCGGCCAUCACCUCCCAGCUGGACAAAGCCUCCAUCAUUAGGCUGACCACCAGCUAUCUCAAAAUGAGGAUCGUCUUCCCCCAGGGUCUGGGCGAGGCCUGGGGUCACGCCAGCAGAACGAGAUCUCUGGACAACGUCGGACGGGAGCUCGGAUCCCACCUGCUGCAGACACUGGACGGCUUCAUCUUUGUCGUGGCUCCAGAUGGAAAGAUCAUGUACAUCUCGGAGACGGCGUCGGUCCAUUUGGGACUAUCUCAGGUAGAGCUGACCGGGAACAGCAUUUACGAGUACGUCCACCCGGCGGACCACGACGAGAUGACGGCGGUGCUGACGCCCCACCAGCCCUGCCACUCCCACUUCCUCCAAGAAUACGAGAUGGAGCGCUCCUUCUUCCUGCGGAUGAAGUGCGUGCUGGCUAAAAGAAACGCCGGCCUGACCAGCGGGGGAUACAAGGUGAUCCACUGCAGCGGCUACCUGAAGAUCCGCCAGUACAGCCUGGACAUGUCCCCGUUCGAGGGCUGCUACCAGAACGUGGGGCUGGUGGCGGUGGGCCACUCGCUGCCCCCCAGCGCCGUCACCGAGAUCAAGCUGCACAGCAACAUGUUCAUGUUCCGGGCCAGCCUGGACAUGAAGCUCAUCUUCCUCGACUCCAGGGUGGCGGAGCUGACUGGUUAUGAGCCGCAGGACCUGAUAGAGAAAACCCUGUACCACCACGUCCACAGCUGCGACACCUUCCACCUGCGCUGCGCGCACCACCUCCUGCUGGUGAAGGGACAAGUUACCACAAAGUACUACCGCUUCCUGGCCAAGCAGGGCGGCUGGGUGUGGGUCCAGAGCUACGCUACGAUCGUCCACAACAGCCGGUCCUCCCGACCCCAUUGUAUCGUCAGCGUGAACUACGUCCUCACGGAUACCGAAUACAAAGGAAUGCAGCUGUCCUUGGACCAGAUGAGCCCCAGCAAGCCGGUGUUCCCCUACGCCACCAGCCACGCCGAGGACAGGAAGACCACCAAGUCACGCCUGACCCAGACAAAGGCCAAAACCAGAGUGUCCCCCUACCCACAGUUUUCAGCCUUCAACCCUGAGCGUUCGGAGUCAGAUCAGGACAGCCAAUGGGGAGGGAGCCCACUGACGGAUUCUGCCUCCCCCCAGCUACUGGACCAUGGGGAGGCAGCGGAGGCCUCUUGUGCCUAUAGACUGUAUCCGGACUCGGGCUCUCUGUGCUACGGCCUGGGCCUAUCAGAGGAGGACCUCGCCCACGCCCAAGCACACCCUCACACCACCGCCUGCGACCGUGCCCGCUGCCAGGGCGGACGCUACUUCCUGGGAACCUCCCAGCCGGGGCGAGAGGCAUGGUGGGACGCCACGCGCUCUGUUCUCUCCUUGCCAAAAUCCUCAAUGGAGAAUAACGAGGGCUACGACAUCACAUCCUACCACGGCACCAUCCACGGCCGGGGCCACUGGGAUGAGGAGAGUGUUGUGAGCUCCCCUGACGGAGGUGGCUCGACGAGUGACUCGGGGGAGCGGUACCACGCCGAUCACUUCCGGUCCAGCCCCCAGGAGCCCAGCAAGAUGGAGACUCUGAUCCGGGCCACGCAGCAGAUGAUCAAAGAGGAGGAGAGCCGUCUGCAGCAGCACAAGGGGCCCCUGGAUGUGCCGGGCCUCACCAAGGCUCACAGCCCGUGCUUCACACCCUCCCUACCCCUCGCCCAGCCUGCCAUGCCCAGCGUGGUCUGCCGUGGCCCGGGAGCUGCCAGCAUCGACCUCACCUCGGAACGCCUCCACCAUCGGGAAAGUAACAAAGUGCCGGGUCCCCGAGACAACGACGACAACACAAACAGUCCAGCUUCUCUGUCUCGUCUCAGCAGCCCCAGCUCCGAUGGGCUCUCCAGGUCAGGGCUGUCCCUCACCAAAGACUACAUGCAGACCGAUCUGUCCCCCCACCAUCCGCAGGCCCAGGGGAGCCCGCUGCUCUAUCCCGCCCAUGACAGACAGCCGCUGGAUAGGCAAGCCGCCUACGCGUUGACUGGGUACUCCCUGGAGCAUCUGUACGAUCCAGAGAGCCUGCGGAGCUACCCGGGCCUGGGCUGCGGAGGAGUCCAGUAUGACAUGGCCUCCCACAUGAGGAUGCAGGUGGACCAGAUGCAGGGGCACAAGGCCACGUCCGUCAUCAUCACCAACGGGAGCUGA